AUGAGGGAAGAACACAAUAAGAGCAUAAGCGAACUUAGGAAUGAACUAGCAGUUGAGAGGGCUGCAAGGGAGGAGAAGGAUAAGGAGGUGGCUGGACUGACAGUGCGACUCUCGCAGGCAGAGGAAUCGCUGUUGCAUCAGAAGGACGAAACGUGCAAGAUUUGGGAGGCGAUUUCUCGGGCUUUGUGCCAGUCAACAGCUGGUGCAGUUGUUCAGGAUGAAGCUCGGGAUUCAGAAAAUGAUAAGGAAUCACUUUUGUCCACAUUCGUAGCACAAUCGGCGCUGGCCGUAAAAGCGCUGGAGCAGCAAAAUGAGGAAACGAGGAAGGUCUGGAAG